GCUAAAUAUGUACGGAUAUUUAUACUAGAGAGUUAUUAUAACUUGUAGAAUGUACGUUUCGAAUUGUUCGUUUCUUUAUUGCUUAUUUCGCGCUUUAAGGCAGGCUGAUUUUUAUCUUUCUCAAGCAUUUCAGCAAAUUUAGUAUUUUUUGUUUAAUUGUUUAUUCUAAAUAUUUUGAGCAUUAAGAAGAAAGACAUCUGCAAAGCCUUGACUCGACUAGUUGCACGUUGUCAACCGGCCAUAUCAGCGCAAGUCACACAAGACACCAUAUUUCAACCUUCCUCCAUGGAGAACAACCUUACUGAUCGGUCUCGGAAACGGCAUUAUAUUUUCUGUCAUUAUAUUGAGUUAUCAUCAUUAUACCGUCGUUCAAUAUAUUCUUUAUUCAAAAGUAUUCAGGUAUGGUAAACAGUAACAUUUAGAAAUGAAAGGUAAAUGCAUUCAAUACACUGCAUGUAUGAAUUAUAUUAUAUUUUAAUUGGUCAGAUGUAAGCUCACAUUUAAGCAAUAAAUAUUGCCUCUUCAUCGAGUAUAGUAUUUUAAUUGUAUAUUUAGUUCAAAGCCUUUCACGACCCCUUACUGGAUUAUUAAUAUUCAAUGUAAAUUUACUACCAUGUUUUGCACCGGUUUGAAUCAGGAAGAAGUCGUUGAAUAAUUUGUUCUUAUCGAGUUCCAUUCUUUCCCCAGCAUCAACGUAAUUAUAUGUCAAAAGUAAGCUUUAUUAUGUUGCAUUAUGUCAUAUUAUUUUAUCAGUGACGUUAUUUAACUUCAGUGGCCGGAUAUGAAAAGCUUCUGACCAUAUAUGGACAAAUACACUGUUACCAUGUGACCUGGCUUAGCAAAUAAAAACGAGUAUUAUGCUCAAGGUGCCCAAGAUCGUACUGCAGCACUGUAUAGAUGGCUGAAGGUGGCGCCAGACGUGACGACCCAGACGGGGUCUCUAAACAGGGCAGUGUGUCCAGCCGACAAGCCACGGUUCAGUGGGAAAAAGCCUCCGGAGAAACAUGCAUACUGAUGAGUUGGCUCGGUUAUGGACCGGAAUUUAGACAGGCACGGAGUGACGCAUACAGGGAGGAAGCCAGGCUUUAUUCACGGCAUAGUAAUGCUGUAACAAUGAUGAUAGCUGGAAGCAAGGCUGAGGGACUGACCCGCCCCAUGGAAAGUGAUUUAGACUAUUUGUUUGUACACAAAGAUGUUAUUUGUUUAGAAGAUGGUGUUAAUGCUGGUACCGUUACUAGGGAAAUAACCGUGUUAAGAUCAUGUAGCCGUAUGACUUACCCCGGACACUGCAGACUGCUACUUGAGAGACGAGGUACAUAUAUUUCAUGGGAGGUAAAUGAAGCGUUUUGUGAUGAUGGAAAUGGCCGCGUAAUCCUAAGCAGCGGCUUAUUUGCCCAUAACGUGAGACUUCCUAGUCUAUUGCCAUACGUGCUUCGCAAAUACGGUGUGAUGCACGACCGUGCCGGGCCGUCAAUGCCCUAUACAGAGCACGGAGUGAUUCACUACGACAUAGUCAAUUCAUUUUUUUAUUGCUGCCCCGACAUCCUGUCAAAAUGGGCUUCCCGCCCUCGCCACUGGCCGCCUCCGGAAGCCGUUCAGCAAGUCGUAUCACUUGGAGCACUUCUUACGCCUGUUGGAGUUAAAGGAAAUAGAAAUCUGAUGGCAGCGUGUGGACUGGAGCAGGAACAGAAGAAUACAUGGAUAUCAACGAUUACGGAAAUGAUGGACGAAGGUCCUCGGAUGAUUCUUAGACUUCCGAAGAUAAGACAAGCAAUUAUCGCUCACCCUGAGCCAUUCCGAUGGUACAGCAGGAAGAGAAUGGAGCUUGAGUUGUGGUGGCUUAUGUUUAAGAAAAGUGAAGCUCUCUGCCGGGAUGAAAACAUGAUGCUUGACAGGACAGAUGACAUUCUGCAUGCCAUAAAGAGACGCAUUGACGAGAUUUGUUAUGAGGUAGGCUUGAGGAUGUUUAUGGAAGGGAUUCGAGGGAGUCGAGUUAACGAACUGAAAAAUGUUCGUAUUAGCAUGUUGAUGUAA